UCCGAGCUCGGCUUGAGGCGGGCGCGGGCUGAGAGUCCGGGGAUCCCGGGGGCUAGGCGCGGCCGGGACAUCGGGAGCUGCGGCCGGGGACCCGCUGCUGAGAUAGACAGAAUAAAUAUGGCAGAGCUUUCUGAGCCAGAGGGACCAGUAGAUUGGAAGGAACGAUGUGUAGCACUGGAGUCCCAGCUCAUGAAAUUUAGAGUUCAAGCAAGCAAGAUACGAGAGCUCUUAGCAGAGAAGAUGCAACAGCUUGAGAGACAAGUUAUUGAUGCUGAACGUCAAGCAGAAAAAGCUUUUCAACAGGUACAAGUUAUGGAAGAUAAAUUAAAAGCAGCUAAUAUUCAAACCAGUGAAUCAGAGACAAGAUUAUAUAAUAAGUGUCAAGAUCUGGAGUCGCUAAUACAGGAAAAAGAUGACAUCAUUCAAAACUUGGAAUUGCAACUUGAAGAGCAGAAACAAAUAAGAAUACAAGAAGCUAAAAUAAUAGAAGAGAAAGCAGCUAAGAUCAAAGAAUGGGUAACAGUUAAGUUAAAUGAGCUGGAAUUGGAGAAUCAGAAUCUUCGUUUGAUCAACCAAAACCAAACUGAAGAGAUAAGAACAAUGCAGUCAAAACUACAAGAAGUUCAAGGAAAGAAGUCAUCCACUGUCUCUGCACUAAAGCUUUCGGAAGGCCAGCGCCUGAGCAGUUUGACCUUUGGGUGCUUUUUAUCUCGAGCAAGGAGUCCUCCUCAAGUAGUAAAAUCUGAGGAAAUGAGCAAGAUAUCAUCGAAAGAACCUGAGUUCACUGAAGGAAAAGACAUGGAAGAAAUGGAAAUUCCAGAAAAGUCUGUUGAUAACCAAGUUCUAGAAAACAACAGAGGCCAGAGAACAUUGCAUCAAACCCCUUGUGUCUCAGAACAGAAUCGGAAAAAAAGAACGAGCUUUGCCACAGAUGGUGGAGUCUCCCAGAAUUCUGGGGCUCCAGUGAGUGACUGGAGUUCUGAUGAGGAAGACGGGAGCAAAGGAAGAUCCAAGUCCAGAUGCACAUCCACCCUCUCCAGUCACACAUCUGAGGAAGGGGUCCAGUGUAGCAGGAUGGGGAGUGAAAUGUAUCUGACAGCAUCUGAUGACAGCAGCUCUAUAUUUGAGGAAGAGACUUUUGGCAUAAAGAGACCGGAACACAAGAAGCUAUAUUCUUGGCAGCAGGAGGCACAGUGGAAAGCUCUGAAUAGUCCUCUUGGAAAGGGAAAUUCUGAAUUAAGUAAAAAGGAGCAAGAUAGUUCUUCGGAUGAACUGAAUAAAAAAUUUCAAUCUCAGAGACUCGAUUAUUCAUCUUCAUCGAGUGAAGCCAACACCCCAAGCCCUAUUUUGACCCCAGCUUUAAUGCCAAAGCAUCCUAACUCACUCUCUGGAAAAGGAACACAAUUAGUGCCUUCAUCACACCUGCCACCCCCAAAGUUAAGGAUUCCUAAUGUUUUCAGUGUAAGUGUAGCACUAGCCAAAAGGCACUUUAGCCAGCCACAGUUAAGCUCCGACAGGAUGUUUGGUACAAAUAGAAAUGCUAUAAGCAUGAUACGACCACUGAGACCUCAGGAAACUGAUCUUGAUCUAGUUGAUGGUGACAGUACAGAAGUUUUAGAGAAUAUGGACACGAGUUGUGAUGAUGGAUUAUUUUCCUAUGACUCCUUGGACUCUCCAAAUUCUGAUGACCAGGAAAACUGUGACUCAGCAAAGAAGGUGGCAUGCAGCAAACCUCCAACUCCUCCCCUGCACCGUUUUCCUUCUUGGGAAAGCAGAAUUUAUGCUGUAGCCAAAUCAGGUAUUCGAAUGUCUGAGGCCUUCAAUAUGGAGAAUGUUAGUAAAAAUUCUGUUGCAACCCUUUCCUAUACCACAUCAGGACUUUAUACAUCUCUGAUAUACAAGAACAUGACCACCCCAGUGUAUACAACUUUGAAGGGGAAGGCGACCCAAAUAAGUAGCAGCCCUUUCCUGGAUGACUCAUCCGGGUCAGAGGAAGAAGAUAGCUCCAGAUCCAGCUCCCGGACGUCAGAAUCAGACUCACGCAGUAGGAGUGGGCCAGGCAGCCCCAGAGCCAUGAAACGAGGUGUGUCUCUCUCCUCUGUGGCUUCUGAAAGUGAUUAUGCUAUUCCUCCUGAUGCUUACUCCACAGACACGGAGUACUCACAGCCAGAGCAGAAGCUCCCAAAAACUUGCUCAUCUUCCAGUGAUAAUGGGAAAAAUGAACCACUGGAAAAAUCUGGUUAUUUAUUGAAAAUGAGUGGUAAAGUCAAGUCUUGGAAGCGGCGGUGGUUUGUUCUUAAAGGUGGUGAAUUACUUUACUACAAAUCUCCGAGUGAUGUAAUUAGAAAACCUCAGGGCCAUAUUGAACUUAGUGCAUCCUGCGGUAUUUUAAGAGGAGAUAACAAACAAACAGUUCAGUUGAUCACUGAAAAACACACAUACUAUCUGACUGCAGAUUCUCCCAAUAUAUUGGAAGAGUGGAUUAAAGUGUUACAGAAUGUUCUUCGAGUACAAGCUGCCAACCCACUUUCCCUGCAGCCUGAGGGCAAACCCACCGUGAAGGGAUUGCUCACUAAGGUAAAACAUGGAUACUCCAAGAGAGUCUGGUGUACACUAAUAGGAAAGACAUUAUAUUAUUUUCGGAGUCAAGAAGAUAAGUUUCCUUUAGGUCAGAUCAAAGUCUGGGAGGCUAAAGUGGAAGAGGUUGACAGAUCUUGUGAUUCAGAUGAAGAUUAUGAAGCCAGUGGACGUAGUCUGUUAUCCACACAUUAUACUAUCGUUAUCCAUCCCAAAGACCAAGGUCCGACUUACCUCCUAAUUGGAUCCAAGCAUGAAAAGGACACUUGGCUUUAUCAUCUGACUGUUGCAGCUGGAAGCAACAAUGUAAACGUUGGAUCUGAAUUUGAACAACUGGUUUGCAAAUUGCUAAAUAUAGACGGGGAGACUUCCUCUCAGAUAUGGAGACACCCCACUUUGUGUCACAGUAAAGAAGGAAUCAUUUCCCCUCUGACAACUCUACCUUCCGAAGCCCUACAGACAGAAGCUAUUAAAUUAUUUAAGACCUGCCAGCUUUUUAUAAAUGCUGCAGUUGACUCUCCUGCAAUUGAUUACCACAUAUCUCUAGCCCAGAGUGCUUUGCAAAUCUGCCUGACACAUCCUGAGCUGCAGAAUGAAAUUUGCUGUCAGCUUAUUAAACAGACAAGACGAAGACAGCCACAGAAUCAACCAGGACCAUUGCAGGGCUGGCAGCUCUUGGCACUCUGCGUUGGGCUGUUCCUUCCCCAUCAUCCUUUCCUGUGGCUCCUCAGGCUUCACCUAAAGAGGAAUGCAGAUUCCAGGACAGAAUUUGGAAAAUAUGCCAUUUACUGCCAGCGUUGUGUAGAAAGAACGCAACAAAAUGGUGACAGAGAAGCAAGACCCUCAAGGAUGGAAAUUCUUUCAACUCUUCUCCGAAACCCUUAUCACCAUUCUUUGCCCUUUAGUAUACCUGUGCACUUCAUGAAUGGGAUAUACCAGGUAGUUGGUUUUGAUGCAUCUACCACAGUGGAAGAAUUUUUGAACACUUUGAACCAGGACACAGGAAUGAGGAAACCAGCGCAGUCUGGAUUUGCAUUGUUCACUGACGAUCCUUCUGGCAGAGAUUUAGAGCAUUGUCUUCAAGGAAACAUCAAGAUUUGUGACAUUAUUUCCAAAUGGGAACAGGCUUCCAAAGAACAGCAGCCUGGAAAAUGUGAAGGUACAAGGACUGUUCGUCUGACAUACAAAAACAGACUGUAUUUCUCAGUGCAAGCUCGUGGAGAGACUGAUAGAGAAAAGUUGCUGUUAAUGUAUCAGACAAAUGAUCAAAUCAUAAAUGGACUUUUUCCUCUGAACAAGGAUCUGGCAUUAGAAAUGGCAGCUCUUUUAGCUCAGGUAGAGAUUGGAGAUUUUGAAAGACCUUUCUCAACUCCAGCAGGGCAUGUUACCAAUCAGUGCAAAGCAAAUCAAACUCUAAAGCAAGUCAUAGAGAAAUUUUAUCCUAAAAGGUAUAGAGAUGGCUGUUCUGAAGAGCAGUUAAGGCAGCUUUGCCAACGACUCUCAACCAGAUGGAUGGCCCUCCGGGGACACAGUGCUGCUGACUGUGUGCGCAUUUAUUUGACAGUAGCCAGGAAGUGGCCAUUCUUUGGUGCCAAGUUGUUUCUUGCAAAACCCAUAACUCCAUCAUCACUUGGAAGUACUUUCACAUGGCUGGCUGUACAUGAGGAUGGUUUAAGCCUCUUAGAAUACAACUCCAUGAGGUUAAUAGUCAGCUAUGUGUACAAGAGUCUAAUGACCUUUGGAGGCUAUCAAGAUGAUUUUAUGGUAGUCAUUAACAAUACACAUUCAAAGGACAAACCAACAGAGAAAUUACUUUUUGCCAUGGCAAAACCCAAGAUUCUUGAAAUCACUCUUUUGAUCGCCAGUUACAUAAACAACUUCCAUCAGCAAAAGGCAGCAUUUCACCACCUGUCUGCUCCAGCACUGCUCUCAGCCCAGACCCAGGGACCCCAAGCCAGAAUGAUGGGAAGCCAGCCUCUUCUGUCAAGCAGCAGACCGACCAAAGGCCCCACCUUACUCUGAAAGCUGGGGAGCCUGAACAUUCACUCCUUGUCCUCCAUGCCAUGGCUGUAUCAGCUCCCUACAAGUUCAUUUACACCUGGCAGCACGGCAGCCACACACCGGUAUUCCAAACUUUAACAAUGAAGGGGGUUAGUCUCUUUUAUUUGAUUCUUAAAUAUUCAAAUAAAUAUUAACAGUAAAACAUAAACACAAAA